GAUAUCAAGUAGCCAGACCAGUGAAUGCUCUAAGAGAGCAAGAAAGCAGAAAGGGAGAAGAGACAACAACACCCAUGAUGACGAAAGGGAAGGGGGAGUACCGCUGCUACUACUCCAACAAGGGUAGCGGCGGUGGAGCAGGCACCGCCGCCAUUAAGGGCCGGAGCAGCGGCGUCUGCGUGACGAAGGAGGAGAUCGCCAAGUACUGGAGGAGGAAGAAGAUGGAAGAAGAAGAACACCUCUUCUCCGCCGUCAAGGCCGCCGCCAGGAUCAAAUCCCGCACCCUCACUGAAGAAGAGUACCAGAGGUUCGAGGAGUCGUUGGAAUCAAAGCUGGGUGAGAAAGGAGGAGAGGCCAACGGAGGGAGUGAAUGCUCAUCAAAGGAGAUCCGACUGGGUAUCAAGGACUGGUGGACCAGGAGCUGGUAUGCUUAUUUGAACCAACCGGCGGUGCAGUCUGCAGAUGGAGCAAGGUUCACCAAGUCAAGCUACAUCGUCCACAACUUACGCUGUUUCACCCCCCUCCCUUCUCCUAGCACCGCUUUAGGUGUCUUCUAGAAGCUUCUACAAUUUAUACGAGAAUGGCUUUUGAGAUUUAAUGAAUGUACCCGACCGACACUCUCUGUCUCUUGGUUCCUCUUCUUCAGCUGCCUAAGUUUUUCUUAUGUUCAAUUUGAUGCUGCAAAUUGGAUUAGAAACCUUGCAAUUUGAAUGUGUAGUACUUGUUUAAAUUAUUUAUAACAUGCCAAUUUUUCUAUGUA